UUGAAACUUUUUGCGGGUCGGAGCGACGUAGUACUGGUGUGGACGACGCUGCAACGAAAUGACAAUUGCUGUCGGUAGCCAAUACAGCGACAUGUUUAGGACAUGUGGGAAGUCCAGACAACAAGAAACAAAGCUACUACCAACUAAUAAUAAAUAAUAAUGCCAUAUAAAGCACUCAACCCUCCAUCGCCACUUUACCCUGGUCCAUAGUUCACCACGACACCACCGCACCCCAACCAAGCGUUCUGCCAUGGCACCGCCGGCGACGAAGAGCCUGGGAGAGCUCGACGGCGGCGCACGCCCGCAUGUCAUGUUCAUCCCAAGCGCCGGCAUGGGCCACCUCCUCCCGUUCUUCCGCGUCAUCGCGGCGCUCGCGGCGCACGACGUCGUCGACAUCUCCGUGGUGACCGUUCUCCCGACCGUCUCUGCCGCCGAGGCCGACCACUUCGCCAGCCUCUUCGCUGCCCUCCCCCGCGUCAGCCGCGUCGACUUCCACCUCCUGCCGUUCGACGCGUCGUCGGAGUUCCCAGGCCACGACCCGUUCUUGCUCCGAUGGGAGGCCCUGCGCCGCUCGGCGCACCUCUUCCGCCCGCUCAUCGCCGGCGCCGCCGGCCCGCGCGUCUCCGCCGUCGUGACAGACGUCACCCUGACCUCCCACGUCAUCCCGAUCGCCAAGGAGCUCGGUGUCCAGUGCCACGUCCUCUUCGUCUCCUGCGCCACCAUGCUCUCGCUCGCUGCGUACACCCCUGUACACCUCGACAAGAAGAACAAGGGCGAGCACGGGCCUGGCGUCGGCGUCGGCGUCGGCGUCGGCGACGUCGACAUCCCCGGCGUGCGUCGCAUCCCGCAGUCUUACCUCCCGCAGCCGCUGCUGGACCUCAACAAGCUCUUCACCAAGCAGUUCAUCGACAACGGCCGCGAGAUCAUCAACGCCGACGGCUUUCUGGUCAACACGUUCGACGCCCUGGAGCCGGUGGCGCUCGCCGCCCUGAGAGACGGCAAGGUCGUGGCCGGGUUCCCGCCGGUGUACGCCAUCGGCCCGCUCAGGUCCAAGGAAGAAGAAGCAACGACGGGGUCCCCGCCGGUUGCCUGGCUUGACGAGCAGCCGGCGAGGUCAGUGGUGUACGUGGCGUUCGGCAACCGGAACGCGGUAAGCCUGGAACAGAUCAGGGAGAUCGCCGCCGGACUGGAGGCGAGCGGCUGCCGGUUCCUCUGGGUGCUCAAGACCACGACGGUGGAUAGGGACGACACCGCCGAGCUGACGGACGACGUGCUCGGCGAGGGGUUCCUGGAGCGCGUGCAGGGGCGAGGCCUGGUGACCAAGGCGUGGGUGGACCAGGAGGCCGUGCUGAAGCACGCGUCCGUGGGGCUGUUCCUGAGCCACAGCGGGUGGAACUCGGUGACGGAGGCGGCCGCCGCCGGCGUGCCGCUGCUGGCGUGGCCACGCGGCGGCGACCACCGCGUGAACGCCACGGUGGUGGUGAGCGGCGGCGUUGGAGUGUGGAUGGAGCAGUGGAGCUGGGACGGGGAGGACUGGCUGGUGACCGGGGAGGAGAUCGGUAAGAAAGUAAAGGAGGUCAUGUCCGACGCAGCCGUCAGGGCAAGGGCGACGAGGACCGGCGAGGAAGCGGCCAAGGCCGUCGCAGAGGGUGGCACCAGCUACCGGAGCAUGCAGAAGUUCAUUUCCAGCCUCAAAGCGCACUGCAGCCCUUGAUUCUGUCUUUCCUGGUGCUCGUGUGAGAUGCCCGUUUCAUUUUUUUCCACAAAUUUAUGUGUCUCCUACGUAAUAAGGUAGUACCUUCCGGACUCAUGGGGCUCUUGUGAGUGCGACUUCGUUGUCGACUUCCGGACUCAUGGUUGCAGCGUCAAGUGAGUCGUGAGGUAGCCUGUGCAAUCGCGCACCUAGCAACAAGAAUAAGUGUACCAUUUGUCACAUAGUAAUAUAAUAAUAUUGUAUCAUUUUUACAA